AUGCUGAUCAUGCUCCCUGCGCUUGCCCUGGCGCUUCGCCUGGCGCCGCUGCCUUACCUCCUUCGCUCGGCACCGCUGCGCGCGGCUCCGCCCGUGAUGACCAACCUCCUCGAGACGUCGGAGCUCGCCCCACCGCCCGAAAGGGUGGUCGCCGCGGUGGAGGCCGCCAAGGGUGCUCGGCUCACGGCGGCCGACCUGGCGGCGCAGUCCGGCGUCAGCAUCGACGAGGCGCGCCGCGGGAUGAGGGAGCUCGCCACGGCGCUCGCCGGCUGCGACGGCGUCUCCGUUUCCGCGUCCGAACAAGGCGACCUGCUGUACUCCUUCCCGGCAGAUGUCCGCAGGGAGCUCGCCUCGCGCUCGGCGGCCGCCAAGGCGCGCGACGCGUGGAACUCGGCGAAGCCCGCGCUGCAGACGGCUGGACGCUUCGCCUUCGGCCUCGCGCUCUUCGCCUCGAUCGCGGUCGUCUUCACCGCCAUCACCGUGCUCACCUCUGGCGGCGACGAGCGCGACGACGAGCGCGACCGCGGCUUUGGCGGCGGGCGCGAGCGCAGCCUCUUCGGCUUUGGCUGGGGCCAGAUCUCGCCCUUCGACAUCCUCUUCCCGAGGCCGUACGGCUUCUACUCGUACGGGUGGUUUGCGCCGCCGCCGAGGAUGACGCUGCCCGAGGCCGUCUUCUCGUUUGUCUUCGGAGACGGCGACCCGAACAAGGCGAUCGGCGCGGCGCGGCUGCGUGCGAUGGCGGAGGUGAUCCGCUCCAACAGCGGUGCGGUCACCGCCGAGAGCCUCGCUCCCUUCCUCGACCCUCCGCCGGCCGGCACGUUCGCCGAAUCGUACAACGUGGACGAGUCUUGGGUGCUGCCGGCGGUGACGGAGCUGGGAGGCCGGCCCGAGGUGAGCGGCGAAGGGACGAUCGUGUAUGUCUUCGACGAGCUCACGGUCUCGGGCCUCGCGUCCGAGGCGAGCCUCGUGCUUGCCGACCCCGCCCUCGCUGCCGUCCGCACCCUCGACGCGGCCGAGCUCGCAAGGCUCGCGCAGGAGCGUGCGAUCCCCACGCAAGGAGCCGAUGCGGGCGCACUCCGCGACGCGCUCCGCUCGUGGGCUGGCGAGCAGCUCGGCGGCGGCGGCGGCGGCAGCCUCUUCCCCGGAGGGUACCUCGAGGAGAGGACGGCGCCCUUCUCAAACGCCGAGGGCGGCCAGCUCUUUGCGGCGGGCGCGCUCGGCCUCCUCAACUUGGGCGGCUGCGCCUACCUCGGCUCUCUGCUCGCGCAGCUGCCGCCGGGCGCGCAGCUCCCGGGCGAGCUCGGUGCCGUCCAGGCUGUCUUCCCGCUCCUGCUGGCCUACGCCGUCAGCUACGUCGCCAUCCCGGCCGUCCGCUUCGCGCGGCUGCAAGCCGAGAAUGCCGCCGUCGCGCAGCGGAACGCCAACCGGCGGGCGUGGCGGGACGCGCUGCGGCGCGGAGGCAGCGAGCUGCAGAAGCGGCUGGAGGCGGCCAGCCGGCGGGGCAAGAAGCUCCGACUCGUGUCCGAGGAGGACGUGGCGUUCGACUCGUCGAAGUCGCUCGGCGAGCAGCCCGAGCAGCAGACACCCGCCCUCGACGACUUCGACCGCCGGCUCCGGGAUGCCACGCGGUGA